AGUGUUACCUUUGACGGUCGAACGCAUGGUCGUUCGUCGUCAGUGACGUCGGUGUCGACACUCGUGCAACACGUCUAUAAUGUUUCGGUGAUUUUCAAAGUCGGAUUCGUGAGUGGACGAUAAGUCAUUAACUCGUUACUACAAAUAUUGGAGCACAGUGACAAAUACAAACAAUCUACCCUGGAUUUGGAUGUUUUAUGGAUUGUGAUAGUGACAUUUUAGAUUUUUUCCAAAUCUAAACAGUGCAGUGAACCAUCAAAAAGGAUUGCAACUUAGUGAUAAAUAUUGGAUUUUAAAAGAAACAAGCUAAAGUGUUUUUCUGGGGAUUGGAGCUGCAUGAAGUGAAUAAUAUAAAGGGGUGAUUUAGAAACGUCAGGACGGCGCACGCUACUAGCACGGCCGGCUACGCAGGAUCCUACAGCAGUUAUCCAGGGGCUCAGGCUCCUGAUACUGGCAAACACAACCCUCAACAAGGGACAAUUGGAUACAGACUCACCAACCCUAGCGGCUAUGGGAACGCCGGCGGUUCGGGCGCGAUGAGCGGCGGGGGCGAGAACGCGCAGUUCGGCGCCACCGCCGCAAUGGUCGCCGCGGCCACAACGGCCGCGAUGCAGGACUCGCAGCCUUUUUCUCAGAUGCAAAACAACAUGACUAUGGGUAAUCCCCAGUAUGGCGCAAUGAAUGGUUAUGGACAACAACGAAGUCAUAACCCCGCCAUGACAGGAAUGGGGAUGGGAGGGAACGGAGGAAUGAACGGAAUGACCGGAAUUAGUCAAAUGGGUAACGCCGGUAUGAACGGCAUGAACCCAAUGGCGCAGAUGGCCAACAUGGGUAUGCACGCAAACAUGAUGCCGUCUCAAAUGGGACCAAAUCAGAUGACUGGAACAGCAAAAAUGGCUCCAGGUUACCGACAACGACACACGCCUUAUCCAACACAAAAUACAAUGAUGAUGGGGAGAAAAGCGCAGUAUAUAGGUGGGCAACCAGGAUUUGGCCCCGGACAAUAUCCUGCAACCUACGGCGGCAGGCCAGGCUUCCAAGGACAAUAUCCGCCUCAACAACCCUUAGGGCCAUCAGGAAACUUUGGUGCAACGAUGAGAGGGAAUAUGAGGCAAUCUACACCUCCUUACUCUAACCAGGGCCAAUAUUUUAAUGGUGGUGUGCCAGCGCAAUUUCCACAACACCCGGGUAGUAAUGGACAGUAUGGAGGACAAUACGGCGGACAAUUUGCACAGGAAGUCGCGAUGCGAACUAAUAUGAGUUACCAGCACAGUCCAGUGCCUGGAAAUCCCACUCCUCCGUUAACGCCGGCUAGUAGCAUGCCGCCUUAUAUCAGCCCUAACGCUGAUGUUAAACCCCACUUCAACGAACUGAAGCCUCAGAUGGGCAUGCAAAAUGAUGAGCUCCGGUUAACAUUCCCCGUAAGAGAUGGUAUUAUACUGCCACCAUUUAGACUAGAACAUAAUUUAGCAGUUAGCAACCAUGUAUUCCAAUUAAAGCAAACAGUCCACUCAACUUUGCUGUGGCGAUCCGAUCUUGAAUUACAACUAAAAUGCUUCCACCAUGAAGAUCGACAAAUGAACACGAAUUGGCCAGCAAGCGUUCAAGUAUCGGUGAAUGCGACGCCAUUAGUCAUAGAUAGAGGCGAAAACAAAACAUCCCACAAACCAUUGUACCUGAAAGAUGUAUGCCAGCCUGGAAGAAAUACGAUUCAAAUCACAGUUUCUGCCUGUUGUUGUUCACACCUAUUUGUUCUCCAACUAGUUCACCGACCGAGCGUAAGAAGCGUUCUUCAUGGACUAUUAAGGAAAAGACUUUUGACAGCGGACCAUUGUAUCGCCAAAAUUAAGAUGAACUUCAAUCAAGCACCAAAUAACAACAGUGGUUCUAACACCGCGAAUGAUAGGGACAGCGUCGAGCAAACAGCCUUAAAAGUAUCCUUAAAAUGUCCCAUAACGUUCAAGAAGAUCACACUACCUGCGCGAGGGCACGAAUGCAAACACAUACAGUGUUUUGAUUUAGAAUCAUAUUUGCAACUUAAUUGCGAGAGGGGAUCGUGGAGAUGUCCAGUUUGCAAUAAACCAGCGCAGUUGGAAGGUCUCGAAGUUGAUCAGUACAUGUGGGGCAUACUAAAUACGUUAAACACCACUGAUGUUGACGAAGUGACAAUCGAUAGUGGUGCUAAUUGGAAAGCUGCUAAGAGUCCUACAAACAGUGGUAUAAAGCAAGAGGAAGAUAGUAAUGACAACAGUUUAGGUAAAAGAGGCAAAGCAGUAUCACCUGGAUCAAUGAAUAUGCCAACAAUGAACAACUGGGACAUGAAUCAGGCUUUAUCGCCCUACCUUCCUCCUGAUAUGAACACGAUUGCCAGCGGCUCAAUGAUCUCUUCAUACAACCAAAGUAGCCAAAACAGAAAUGCAGGAUCUAAUAACCAGAACUAUGAUUUUGGCAUGAACAACGGACCUGGUAGUAAUGAAUUUGCUGGCAAUGGUCCACUGUCCCAUCUUAACGAUAGCGUCAACUCAUUAGAUCCAUUAAACGCGAUGGAAAAGAGUCUAAAUGAACAGAUGCCACAUACACCGCACACGCCGCAUACACCAGGUUCAGCGCAUACACCGGGUGGAGGCGGCGCUCAUACGCCUGGUUCCUCACACACGCCAGGCCCACCGUCUGUUGGUCACCACAGUCUUACCGACGUUGACAUUCCCGCCGACCUUAACUUUGACCCGGCGGCUGUUAUCGACGGCGAGGGCACCGACAAUCUCAAUCUGCUGCCAGAAACGAGUGUCGAUCCGAUGGAAUUACUGUCGUAUCUAGACGCGCCGGCGCUGGGUGAAUUACUUGCAACUCCACCCUCGUCAUCUUCCUCAGCUGGCUCUCACCCACCACGCGCGCCUUCCUCAGACGAUCUCCUAGCCCUCUUCGAGUGAACACCGACAAAAACGAGUGUACGUAACGGGAACAUCAAACCUCCAAAGUGGCAAAAUGUCAAUUAAUACUAACAGCAAAACAGACUUUAUUCAUAUUGGAUGGAAAAUAUUACCUACAUUUAACAGAAAGCAUACUCGUUACGCACAUGAAUGUACAGUCUGUGUUCGUGAGGCGUUAGUUAAACUCGCUUUCAGGCCAGAGAUGCCCUAUAUUGUGAUACUAGAUUUUAGUUCCUUCUCCGUUUGCGAGCGUGUUGAACAUUGCAGAUAUAACCAUUUUCCCCAUACACGAGUGCUGUUCAUCAUCAGCUGGAAUGUUUAACGCGAUACGUAAUCCGUCUAUUGCUGAAGCAAUGAUGUUGGAGAACAUUUAUUAGGUAUAUAGGUAAAGUAUUCAGGCGAGGCGUGGGCCGCGCUGGCCAUAGACACUGCGGUGUUGUGCAUGUAUAGUUCCUCGCACCGCCGCGCACGGUGGCGCUACUGAGCUCCUUAUAUUCUAAACUCUAGCAUAAACUGAGACACAAAUUUCACUAAAAAUUAUUUCAACUUCGUAUUCGAAAUAUUAUUAUAAUCGAUUUAGAGUCGUUAGAUUUGUGUCAAUAAUAAUUUGUGAAUAAACGCCAGAUGUAAAUAGAGAGAAUUUAUAUUAUUUGUGCUAGGUGGUUUAGACUUUAGUUUGUACCGAGAGAGGCCAUAAUAGGUGUUUGUAAAUAUAGAAUAGGCACUGCGGAGGCCACUCAGAGGCAUUAUGAAUCUUAUAGUUCCUAUUGGAUGCGAGCGAACUAUAAUGUUCAACUGCCAUUACUGUAACAUAUUCCUUGACAUUUUCGCAUAUUCUGCAUUUUUUAAAGUAAGGAAAUAGGAUUAGUGAGUAUAGCGCUACUCGCAUAAUGGGUGAUAUAAUCUAAUGAGUUGUUUGAAAUCAACAAAUUAAAUGGUAACAAAUUAGUUACAAAUUAUAUUGUAAAUGUGAGUGCAAAAAUGAACUCUGUUAAAUUAUUUUGCGUUAUGUGAAUUGAAGAAUGAUAGAAUAUAUUUUAAUUUCUAUAUAAAUAAUAACGAACUGUAUUAUUUGUAAAUAUAAAGUUAAUUAAGCAUAUUAUAUUACCUAGUUGUAUUUAAGAGAACAUGGCAGAUACUUAUAUGACGGCCAGUUUAGUAUAGUAUUACUAAAAAAUUUUAAAAUCUACACAUGGUUUUACAUGUAUAUAAUACGAGAAAUACAUUCUAAAUGAAAGGAAACAUUCAGAGUAUGGACAUCAAUUAGAACUCGUGAAAUACAAAGAACAUUGCUUCGGUUUUGCAUUUUUGCUAUUUCAGUAGUUAAUAUAAAGCAAUAAACAUUAGCUUUGUUAAAUAAAUCUUUCGGAAUAAUUAAUACAAAUAAGGAACUGCAAAUUCAAAAUUAAUAAUUAAACAUUUUUUUUUAUCUCAAUAAAAUAAUAAGUU